AUUUAGUAAUGAAAGGACAGUAUGGCUUUAGGCAUACGCGGAGAUUUAUCCUAUGCAUUUUCCUGGACGUUAUUUUUUGUACGGAUUCUUCGAUAUGAUAGUUUGACCUUAUGGCCCGUAGACAGCUGUCCCAGAAAUCAAUCUGAAGUCGAGGCAGCCACACUCAGACUAAACUGUUCUGAUGUAAAGGAGUCGGUAAAUGUGUAUCACUGUUUACCUUUCUCGAAUCUGUCUGGGUUGGUAGAAUUCUGUUUAGAUGGAUUUAGUGGUUUGAUUGAAGCAGGUAAUUGUAUGGUACUCUCCAGGGAUACUUUGGACGACCACCCAUGUGACCAUUUCACCAAUGGCUGUCCAAAUGCUAAUUACCUUUCGAAAAAUAUGUACAAUUAUCCAGCCUGCUUAAAGAUAAACCCACAAAACAAUUGUUAUAUUGCGGAUCCCAGGUGUCCUAAUGAAAGGUUUCUCAAAACAACGGCCAUGUCUACAAUAACUUCGUCGGAAAAAGAAACGAUUAAGCUUACAUAUACUGCAACUGAUAAUAAAAGUCUUCUAGUUGAGGCAACUUCCAUUCCAGCACUCAAUGGAAAUGAUAAUCCCAGGCUGCUAUAUUUAAUUCCAGUUUCGCUUGGUGUUUUAUUACUGCUGGUUGCGAUUGCAUUAGUGAUUUUGUGGAAUCGGAGGAGGUCUAAACGAGCAAGAAAAGACAAACACCAGGAGUCAGAAGAAGGUUUGCAUUUGAUGUCAGAUGAAGAUGAUCCCAUGAAUGAAAUGCACACAUGCCUCGAGGACGAAGAAUUUUUGGAGCGUUAUAAGAUAUAUCUUGAAGAAGGAUCAGUGGAAGUUUGCCCGAUUUCACAAAUUAUAAUUGUUGGAGAACAUGAAGUGGGAAAAACAACUCUGCUGUACCGCCUCCAGGGAAAAAGCCGGAAAGAAAUAGAAGCAAUCAAAUCUACAAGAGGAAUUGAAUGCCACACUGAAGAGCACAGCUUUAUCAUAACAAAAAACCAACUUGAGAUGAACCUGAAGGGAGUCAACAGUUUUUCAGUCGACCCUGGACACGUCAGUAGAUUUUCGAAAGAUUUAGAGAAAAAAGGCUAUUGA